AUGAUUUCCAGACUUUUUCACGUCUCUCUGUAUGUCCUCUUUGUAUCAAGCCAUACCAAAGCUUCCUCUCCAUCCGAGGACCUUACAAAUUAUGUCAAUCCAUUCAUUGGCACUGAGGGCCAAGGGUACCCCGGCACAGCUAUAAAUGGUGGCAACGUGUUUCCUGGCCCAGCGCUACCAUUUGGCGUCGUGAAGUUUGGAAUAGAUACCACAGCAUUCGAUUGGACGAAUGUAGAUGCAAAUGCAGGAUAUACGCCAGAUGGAUAUGUCACUGGUGUCAGUAUGCUUCACGAAAGUGGCACUGGAGCGACCCCGACAUAUGGCUUUGUUCAUCAAAUGCCCCUCUCGACGUUGGAGAAUGUGAACGUCCUGGACAACUUCACCUAUAUGCAAGAGCGUGUGGAGCCAGAUGUUGCGAGUGUCGGCUACUAUAAGACAGUUCUAGCCAAUGGCGUCUCUGCAGAACUCACUGCGACGGCUCACGCAGGGCUCGUUCAAUACAACUUCACUAGUGGCAGUGAAAGACACAUCUUAGUGGACGUCUCUCACAUGCUUCCUUCUUCCGGAGAAGCGCAGCAUUCACAGUUCUAUAGCAAUGGAUUCCUUGCCAGAAGUCCUCAUGGAACCAAAUAUCAAGGAUAUGGAGUUUAUCGAGGUGGUUUCAGCUCACGACCCGAUGCUCCAGUAUACUUUUGUGCAGAGUUUGAUACAACCCCAGAAAAAGUCACUCUUUUCUCCGGACCCUACACAGAUCCUUAUUGGCCCAACAGCACUCUCCCGCACAUCGAUCCACCCGUCUUCACUGACGCAACCUCGGUUUCUGGCGGGCAGACAUAUUAUAGCUAUGCUCGCCGGAUUGGUGGCUUGUUCACCUUCCCAUCCAAUACGACGACACUGAAAUCAAAGAUCGGUGUUUCGCUCAUUAACUCCGACAAAGCAUGCCAGUACAUCGCAUCUGAGCUCACUUCCUGGUCACUGGAACCAUACAUCUCAUCUGUGGUUGCUGAAUGGAACUCGGAGGUUCUGUCCAAGGUCACCACAACUGACAAGUCGAAUCUCACACUCCUUGAAAUGCUGUAUUCAAGUCUGUAUAAGAUGCAUCUCAUGCCCAGCGACCGCACUGGCGAGAAUCCCAAUUGGGAUACGGAAGAACCGACUUAUGAUGAUUUCUACACGCUGUGGGACACUUUUCGUUGCUUGAACAGCUACUAUUUGUUAACGGCACCAAAGCGUGCAGCUGACAUCGUGCGGAGUCUGAUUGAUGUAUGGCGCUGGGAAAGAUUCAUGCCAGAUGCAAGAAGUGGGAAUUACAAUGGUAGAGUACAAGGAGGUUCCAAUGCCGAUAAUGUCCUGGCAGAUGCCUACAUCAAGGGGCUCUCUGCUCCGGAGUAUGGAAUCAACUGGACAGAUGCAUACGCCGCAAUGAAAACCGAUGCAGAACUGGUUCCUUACAACACAUUCGAUUAUGGUGACCCAACUGGAAGCGUAAAAGAAGGUCGAGGAGCACUACCAGACUGGCUGAGUUUAGGCUAUGUCAGUAUGUAUGAUCCUGAUGAGGGAACAGGCUUUGGCAGAUGCAUCAGUCGGACUGUGGAAUAUGGUCUGAAUGACUUCGCUUUGAGUCAAGUGGCGAAAGACUUGGCGCCGAAGGAUUAUGUGAAGUAUUUCAACCGGUCCGCGGGAUGGCAACAAAUCUGGCAGCACAAUCUUACUUCAUUGAACUUCACGGGCUUCCUCGCUCCUCUCUAUGCAAAUGGAACACGCGACCCUUCAUACUCGCCCCUCAACUGCGGUGUAUGGUGUUCCUGGCUAGACGUCACCUACGAGGGACUACCAUGGGAAUACACCUGGUCCAUUCCCUAUGACAUGUCAACACUCAUUUCGUUCAUGGGAGGACCAGAACUUACAGAGUCGAGACUCGACGCUAUGUUCAUUCCUGGGUUGCAAGACGUGAGUGUUGGUGCUGGCAAUGGUGCCGGCACUGCUAUCUUCAAUCCUGGAAAUGAACCUAGUUUUGGGACGCCGUUUUUGUAUAACUAUCUUGAGAAGAGACAAUGGAAGAGUGUCAUGAGGAGCGGGGAGAUCAUCAAUCAGUAUUAUAGUAAUGGACGAGAUGGAGUCCCUGGGAACAGUGAUGCCGGAGCAUUAGAAAGUUGGAUGGUGUGGAACUUACUCGGACUCUAUCCCAUGGUAACACAAGAUGUAUAUCUCAUCCUCUCCCCCUGGUUUAGCGAUCUCAACAUCUCAGUCGCAUGCAACAAGACCCUCAAGAUCACGACAGAAGGGCUAGACCAGGGUCCAUACAUUCAGAGCCUAACAGUAAACGGCGAGAGCUGGAAUAAAAGCUGGCUUACGCAUGGAGAUUUGAUCAAUGGCAAUGGGGGGAGCCUUCACUUUGUGCUAGGGGGUGAGCAGACGGAGUGGGAUGUGGGUGAUGUCCCACCCAGUCCUGGUCAUCUGGAUUUGGGGAUAAGGAAUUGA